AUGAAGAGAGGAAUACUAGAACGCUUGGAUGCUGGUGAGGUGGUUAUCGGUGAUGGAGGUUACGUGUUGCAGCUCGAAAGGCGGGGUUACGUGAAAGCUGGCCACUGGACACCGGAGGCGGUCGUUGAGCACCCCGAAGCGGUGAGACAGCUUCACAGGGAAUUCCUGAGGGCUGGGGCUGAUGUUUUGGAGACUUUUACCUUUUACUCCAGUGAUGAUAAACUGGAGAUAAGCGGCAAUGUCACCAAUAUCACGGGGGAACAAAUAAAUGAAGCUGCCUGUGAUCUGGCCAGGGAAGUGGCCAAUGAGGGGAAUGCGCUGGUUGCAGGUUCAGUGUCCCAAACUCCGUGCUAUGUUAACAGUCGCAAUGAGGAAGAGGUGAAGGCUAUCUUCAAGAAGCAGCUGGAUGUUUUCAUGAAGAAGGAUAUUGAUUUUCUGAUUGCGGAGUUUUUUGCACAUGGCGAAGAGGCGGUGUGGGCGGUGCAGGUACUGAAGACUUCUGGGAAGCCUGUAGCCGCCACACUGUGCAUCUCUCCAGAGGGCGACUUGAAUGGAGUCAGCCCUGGAGACUGUGCCGUCAGGCUGGUCCAAGCUGGUGCACAGAUCGUUGGCGUCAACUGCCACUUGGAUCCUACGUGUUGUUUGAAAACGGUGAAGUUAAUGAAGAAGGGACUGGAGGAAGCCCAUCUGAAAGCCCAUUUGAUGAUCCAGCCUUUGGGCUUCCAUACGCCAGAGUGCAACCACAGGGGCUAUACUAGCCUCCCAGAGUACCCAUUUUCACUGGAGAGUAGAGCGAUGAACCGUUGGGACAUGCAGAAAUAUGCCAGAGAGGCCUACAACGCCGGCAUACGCUACAUCGGAGGAUGCUGUGGUUUUGAACCCUACCACAUCCGAGCUUUGGCUGAAGAGUUGGAACCAGAGAGGGGUUUCUUACCCCCUGCCUCUCAGAAGCAUGGUCUUUGGGGAAGUGCACUGGCAACACACCACAAACCCUGGGUUAAAGCAAAGUCCAAUCGUCAAUACUGGGAAAACCUUCGUCCGGCAUCAGGGCGACCCUUGUGCCCUUCAAUGGCGACCCCCGAGGCUUGACCACAGACCCUGAUAUUUGACCACAGACAUGAAUGAAGACCGGCAAAACCUUGUCUGUGAGAGUCUCUUUUCCAGAUAUCUGUCUCUUUCUAUCAGUGUAUCAUGUAUGGAAACACUUUGGAGAAAUGAAAACAACAUAACAAAUGGUCUCUCUCUGUUUUUUUCCUUUACAGUUGUUUGGAUUUCAAUUAGUGAUGUGUAUACAGUAGUUUGUGUAUUUGAACCACAUCCAGAAUAUGCAUAGGAACUGAAACUGCUUUACAGAUUUUUCUAUAUCAGUUGUUUAAGAAGAUUACAUGUCCUUAUUCCACUGCACAUUGUUAGAUGUAAGGUUAACAAUGUUUUUGUCACAAUUCUGUCCUCACUUACCCCCUCUGCUGGUCUUUUGUUGUUCUGUUUUCUUUGGUUUACACGGUGUCCUGA